UCGCCGUCUCUCGCCUUCCCCGGGCCGCGCGGCCGGAGCUGGCACGGAGGAACGGCGGCCGCGGCUGCAUCGCGGCCUGGGGACGCCGGCGCUCCGCUGAACUCGGGGUCCGCGAGAGUGCCCGUCGCGCGUGGAUCUGCCUUCCGCGGUGCGGGGCUGCCCGGGGCGUCCGGCGUUCCCCGAGGGCGGGCGUGUCCUCGCGGCGCUGGGCGGGGGACCAGCGCGGGGCCGCAGCCUGUUGGAGCGCGGGGGGCCCCGUGCCCGGGGCGCGGGGAGCCCUGCGGGGGACGGCGCGGCCGGGCCCCCUGUGCGGAGCAGUUUUCUCGAACUCUCCACCUCCUCGUUGGGGCCCAGCGCUGCCGGGAGACCCCGUCCACAUCUGCCGAAGAAAGGAGUGUCAUGAAAAAGGAGCAGAAAAGAACCGUCACUCUCGGUGAAAGGGGAGUUUUCUUUCCCAGUUGGUGGUUACUUCAUGAUUGGAAAAGAAGCACCUAGGUGGCUGAAGCGGUUAGAUUUUUAUAAUUGUACUAAUGAAGCUGAUAAAAGAAGAUAUGAGAAUACUUUCUCUGGGUCAUAAUAGGCGAUGAGCAAGCCUGAACAGGACAGAUUUGAAAUGAGGGCAGAAAGUUUGAGCUUUUCAAAGCCAAGUGGGACUUUGCACACUUGUUGAGGAUGUUCUUUUCCCAAAAAUGGAAGAAGAAAAAAAUCUCAAAGCAAAAGUGUAAAAAGCGGAAGGGAAUAACAACCAAGUCGACUCCAAGAAUUUCAGCAGUUCAUCGACUCCUUUGGGCAAACACCCCUCACCCGCAUCGUACACGUGGGUGAUGUGAUCGCUAGUGUUGGUUUCCCCUCCUAGGAACGACUUCUUGAUUUGGAUUUCGGAGUGAUUAUUCUUUUUGUUUUUCCCCCCUACAAUGUGUGUUUUGACUCCUCAUGUUAGAUUUACGGAAAGGAAGUAAAUCCUGAAUUCAUGGUAUGUUUGACUAUACCACUGCUUGGUGUGCGAUAUGGAAACAUUAGAGGUUGUAACAUUCCUUGAAGUUGUAUUGGAAGCAGAGCUCUGCCAGGCAGACAGAUAGUGUACGUUUUCUCUUCUUGGCAACCCCGCUUGCUUUGAAUGAACCGAAUGUCAGCUGGAUCUCACAGCAUAUAUGAUUUACAGUCUUUGUUUUUUCGGGGCCUUAAAUGUAUGUUUUAUACUGAGCAGAUGGGAAACACAUUGAGCACUGUGUGUGACCUGUAUGCCUAAGGAAGGGAGCUCCCCGAUGGAUCAUGGCGUUGAUGUUUACAGGACAUGUCUUGUUUUUAGCAUUAGUGAUGUUUGCUUUCUCUACUUUUGAGGAAUCUGUGAGCAAUUACUCUGACUGGGCAGUUUUCGCAGAUGAUGUAGAUCAGUUUAAGACACAGAAAGUACAAGAUUUCAAGCCCAGUCAAAAGCUGAAGAAAAGUAUGCUUCAUCCCAGUUUGUAUUUCGAUGCUGGAGAAAUCCAGGCCAUGAGACAGAAGUCUCGUACAAGCCAUUUGCAUCUGUUUAGAGCUAUCAGAAGUGCAGUAACAGUUAUGCUGUCCAACCCCACAUACUACCUACCUCCACCCAAGCAUGCCGAUUUUGCUGCCAAGUGGAAUGAAAUUUACGGUAACAAUCUGCCUCCUUUAGCAUUGUACUGUUUGUUGUGCCCAGACGACAAAGUUGCCUUUGAGUUUGCCUUGGAAUACAUGGACAGAAUGGUUGGCUACAAAGACUGGCUAGUGGAGAAUGCACCAGGGGAUGAGGUGCCUGUCGGCCAUUCCUUAACGGGUUUUGCCACUGCCUUUGACUUUUUAUAUAACUUAUUGGAUGACCAUCGAAGACAAAAAUACCUGGAAAAAAUAGGGGCUGUUACCGAGGAGAUGUAUGAGUAUUCCAAGGUCCGUUCGUGGGGCAAACAACUUCUCCAUAAUCACCAAGCUACUAAUAUGAUAGCAUUACUCACCGGGGCUUUGGUGACCGGGGUAGAGAAAGGAUCUAAAGCAAACAUAUGGAAACAGGUCGUCGUAGAUGUGAUGGAAAAGACGAUGUUCCUUUUGAAUCAUAUUGUCGACGGUUCUUUGGAUGAAGGUGUGGCCUAUGGAAGCUACACGGCUAAAUCGGUCACGCAGUACGUUUUUCUAGCCCAGCGCCAUUUCAGUAUCAACAACUUGGAUAAUAACUGGUUGAAAAUGCACUUUUGGUUCUAUUAUGCCACCCUCUUACCAGGCUUCCAAAGAACUGUGGGUAUUGCAGAUUCCAAUUAUAAUUGGUUUUAUGGUCCAGAGAGCCAGUUAGUUUUUUUGGAUAAGUUUAUCUUAAAGAAUGGAGCUGGAAAUUGGUUAGCUCAGCAAAUUAGAAGGCACCGACCUAAAGAUGGACCAAUGGUCCCCUCCACUGCCCAGAGGUGGAGUACUCUUCACACCGAAUACAUCUGGUAUGAUCCCCAGCUCACCCCACAGCCUCCUGCUGAGUAUGGCACUGUGAAAAUGCACACGUUCCCUAACUGGGGUGUUGUCACUUAUGGGGCUGGCUUGCCAAACACACAGGCCAAUACCUUUGUGUCCUUUAAGUCCGGGAAGCUGGGGGGCCGAGCCGUGUACGACAUAGUUCACUUUCAGCCAUACUCCUGGAUUGACGGGUGGAGAAGCUUUAACCCAGGGCAUGAACAUCCAGAUCAGAACUCAUUCACUUUUGCCCCAAAUGGACAAGUGUUUGUUUCGGAAGCUCUCUACGGACCCAAGCUGAGCCACCUCAACAAUGUGCUGGUAUUCGCUCCAUCACCGACGAGCCAGUGUAACCAGCCCUGGGAGGGUCAGCUGGGAGAGUGUGGCCAGUGGCUCCGGUGGACCGGUGAGGAGGUGGGUGACGCAGCGGGGGAAAUCAUUACUGCCUCCCAACAUGGAGAAAUGAUAUUUGUGAGUGGGGAAGCAGUGUCUGCUUACUCUUCAGCAAUGAAGCUGAAGAGCGUGUAUCGUGCUCUGCUUCUCUUAAAUUCUCAAACGUUGCUCGUCGUUGAUCACGUUGAGAGGCAGGACGGUUCCCCAAUAAACUCUGUCAGUGCCUUCUUUCAUAAUCUGGACAUUGAUUUUAAGUACAUCCCCUAUAGGUUUAUGAACAGGUAUAAUGGCGCCAUGAUGGAUGUAUGGGAUGCACACUACAGAAUGUUCUGGUUUGAUCAUCAUGGCAAUAGUCCCAUUGCUAGUAUACAAGAAGCAGAACAAGCUGCUGAAUUUAAGAAACGGUGGACUCAAUUUGUUAAUGUUACGUUUCAGAUGGAAUCCACAAUCACAAGAAUCGCAUAUGUCUUUUAUGGGCCAUAUGUCAAUGUUUCCAGCUGCAGAUUUGUUGAUAAUUCCAAUUCUGGACUUCAGAUCUCUCUCAAUGUCAAUAAUACCGAACAUGUUGUGUCCAUUGUAACCGACUACCAUAACCUGAAGACAAGAUUUGAUUACCUGGGUUUUGGUGGCUUUGCCAAUGUGGCUGAUCAGGGCCAAAUAACCCGAUUUGGUUUGGGCACCCAAGCGAUAGCAAAGCCCAUAAAACAAGAUAGGGUUAUUUUCCCCUUUGGAUUUAAAUUUAAUAUAGCAGUUGGGUUGAUUUUGUGCAUUAGCUUGGUGAUUUUAACCUUUCAGUGGCGGUUUUACCUUUCUUUUAGAAAGCUAAUGCGGUGGAUCCUAGUCCUUGUUGUUGCCUUGUGGUUUAUUGAGCUGCUGGAUGUGUGGAGCACCUGCACGCAGCCCAUCUGUGCAAAAUGGGCAAGGACGGAGGCCGAGGCCAGCCCGAAGCCUUUGUCUUCAGAAGGGCCCCACACUGACCUUCCCAGUGUUGUCGUUACCUCACUUCCUGGUUCAGGAGCUGAAAUCCUCAAACAACUUUUUUUCAACAGUAGUGAUUUUCUCUACAUCAGAGUUCCUACAACCUACAUUGAUAUUCCUGAAACUGAAUUUGAAAUCGACUCGUUUGUAGAUGCCUGUGAAUGGAAGGCAUCAGAUAUCCACAGUGUGCGUUUCCGUUUACUCCGCGGCUGGUUGCAGUCCUUAGUUCAAGACACAAAACUGCAUUUGCAAAACAUCCAUCUGCAUGAACCCAGUCGGGGUAAACUGGCCCCAUACUUCACAGCAAAUAAGGACAAAAAAAGAAAACUGAAAAGGAGGGAGUCUCUGCCCGAACAAAGAAGUAGAAUGAAAGGCACCUUUGAUAGAGAUGCUGAAUAUAUUAGGGCUUUAAGGAGACACCUGGUCUAUUACCCAAGUGCACGUCCUGUGCUCAGCUUAAGCAGCGGGAGCUGGACCUUAAAGCUCCAUUUUUUUCAAGAAGUCUUAGGAGCUUCUAUGAGGGCAUUGUACAUAGUGAGGGACCCUCGGGCAUGGAUCUAUUCAAUGUUGUACAGUAGCAAACCCAGUCUCUACUCUUUGAAGAAUGUACCAGAGCACUUAGCUAAACUGUUUAAGAUAGAGAGAGGUAAAGGCAAAUGUAACUUGAAUUCAGGCUACGCUCUCGAAUACGAGUCAUUGAGGAAAGAAUUAUCAAAAUCCCAGUCAAAUGCAGUCUCCCUGUUGUCUCAUUUGUGGCUCGCAAACACAGCAGCAGCACUCAGAAUAAAUACGGAUUUGCUGCCCGCCAGCUACCAGCUGAUCAAGUUUGAAGAUAUUGUACAUUUUCCUCAGAAAACCACAGAAAGGAUUUUUGCCUUUCUUGGAAUACCUUUGUCUCCUGCUAGUUUAAACCAAAUAUUGUUUGCCACCUCCACAAACCUUUUCUAUCUUCCCUAUGAAGGGGAAAUAUCACCAACUAACACCAAUGUUUGGAAACAAAACUUGCCUAGAGAUGAAAUUAGACUGAUUGAGAACAUCUGCUGGACACUGAUGGAGCGUCUAGGAUAUCCAAAGUUUACGGACUGAACGCUGCAGGCUGGAAAUGAGUUGGAAACCUGCCUGACUUUCUUGCAUCCCUUUGAAUGAGUUUACAGACUGCCAGUGUCUGCAAAAGUUGAAGGCAAAUGGGAGAUGAUGUCAGAGGCAUCUGUUUCCUUUACCAGCUGCAUCUCAUUAUAAAUGUAGUCGUCAUGAGAUGUGGUUCAUUUUAUUUUGGUAGGCCCUGAAAUCAAAACGCCAUGCCAUUAUAAGCCCGUGGAGUGAUUACAACGCGUUGGAUGAAAACCAUUAGGCAGCGCCCAGCCCUGAUGAAAGAAAAUCUCUGUGCAGAUUGCUGUCUCCCUGACGUUUCAGACUGUGGUUCCCCCAAGCUCUCGAGCACUCGGGGGUCUGUCAUUCUGACCUAGAUAAAAGCGGUUCCUUCUCAGUCGUUUGUUAUUAUGUCAGAAUGUGCCUCCAGAGUGAUGAGGCUGUGGAUAUGUUACAGCCCAGCCAACCCUAAGUGGCCUGUCAGUUUUCUUCCAUUAGAGUGUGAACACAGACCGCUCCUCCCCCCUCCCCAUGUACUUCCUUCCCAUCGCUCUCUGCUUUCUCGCUCCAAUGUCGAAGUGAACGAAAAUCAUAUUAAUAUAAGUGGAGAGGGCAGCCAAAGACCUGAGUCUGCACAGGUAUUCUCCAGGGAGGUUACUCUUCCUAGCUCAGGACCAGCAACAAGCACGAAACACUGCCGCGCGGGUGACAGCACUCGUUCCGUCGUUGGUCGUAGUCUGUGUGUCUCCUGUCAGUUCCCGGGACGUGUGAUGUCAGAUCAGAUCCAGGGUAAAGGCUUUGGGUGGCCAGUAAUAGGUCUGAUCAGGGUAAGAAUUACAAAUGCGUGCAGGUCACAGAAGAAAGCAGAAGCUGUACCACUGCCUCUGAACUUGGUGGAAACACCCCCAUGGGCAGCAGGGGGAACCAGGUUGAAGAACCAGGUUGAAGAUGUGGGGGGAAUCGGGAGAGAUGGGGAAAAUGAAAAAGACUGGUUCUGUGAAUGAAUAUGGGAACGUGUUCUUGAUAGCUGAAGAAAGGGACAUAUUUUAUUUUAUUUUUUUCCCCAGUGUUUGUUUAUAUUUCAGAGAGACAGAGUGUGCGUGGGGAGGGGCAGAGAGAAGAAGGAGACAGAAUCCGAAGCAGGCUCCAGGCUCCGAGCUGUCAGCACAGAGCCCGAUGCGGGGCUCGAACUCACGGACUAUGAGAUCAGAGAUCAUGACCUGAGCCAAAGUCCGACACUUGGCUGACUGAGCCACCCAGGCGCCCCAGAAAGGGACAUACUUACUACAAUGAUCUUUACAGUGUCCUAACUUUCGCCGCCACAUAGCAAUGCCAAGGUGAACUUUUCCUGUCACUGUUCUCACCCACUCCCACCCCAAGGGAGAGUUUUCCGGAGGAGAUUUCUAUUUGCGGAUUCCCCUGUGAGGAGUGUGAGGGGUGAGGGACGACCCGGCCAUUGGACGUGCACACAUGUGUUCGUGCUUGGGGCCCCCCGCCGUAUAAUCGCAAUUCCUAAGGUGGUUAACUCCCAGGACGUGCUGGUCUUGCAUCCUUAGGGUGUUAGCCUCAGAUAAAUCCGGAUAGCCUCCACAUCUAAUUUUAUUCUUACCAUCUGGAAAAUAAUUACGGGGAUGAUUGUCACUACGUGACACUUCUAAAGGAAAUACCUGUCCUCUCGGUAAGAUUAACCCCUUUCUUUGUUAACUUCUGGAAACAUAGGCCUAAUUGGGAUAACAGCUGUUAUUAAAAUGAAAUUUAAGUCUUGAAAUUAAAAAAAAAGACUUAAUUUUGCUAGCAAAAGUAACAAACCCAGUGGUAAUAAUAGGGUUCUGGAGAGUUUGAAAUGCAGAUUAGUCACUUAGGAUGAAAAAGGCCAUGUCCGGAAUUGAGCUUAUUGUAAUCAAAGUCUGGCGAGGCUAGGAAGUGGGAGACUCUUCAAGAAAAGGAAGAUAAAUUUGUGACUAUGCUUAAAAUUAAUUGAUAGAAACCUAGAGAGGUGCAAGUUGAAAGCAAAUGACAAGAAUGCAUGCACAUUAGGUCUAGACCCCAAAUAUUAGACAUUUGAUCGGCUGUCUCUUUAAACCAACAGGGAAUUAGUAAAUGCCUGGCGAGAACAGGGUGUUAAACUCUGAGUCACGGCCGGGGACUUGCCACAGAGCCCUCACCGAGUGUAUUUGUAGAAGAACCUCCCCUCCACACACACCAGUGCAUCUUAAACAUGUUACCCCUGUACCACUGACUGGAUUAGCGUUCUUUACCAGCCCUUUCGGGGGCCUCGCCGAAGAUCCUAGCCAUUCUUGAUAACGUGAAGUCUAUCCAAUUAUCUGGGAGUAGACAUUAGCAAUGGUUUUAACAUCACUACGUUCCACUGGCUUGAUUAACUGAUGAUAAUUAGCAAAAUAUUCACUGGUUUCUUUAGCAAAAACGUAAAUAGGCAAUAUGUGACACCAUGUUCAGAGGUAAGGAUGCCUAACAGGAUACAUCAAGGAAUUUCGUAUGUGGGCUGUUUACUGCUUACGUACGUAAAUGUUGACUAAAGCAUGUCUAAGACAUCAAAAAAUGGCUGCUGUGGCAGUUUUUUCCAUUACGUCACUAGUAUCUUGAUUUCCCUUCAUGUUGGCAGAAAACUCCGAAUAAUAUUGCAAGAACUAAAUGACUGAUGUUUGCACAAAGGAUGAUAGGAACUUGACACAGCAGAUCCUAACAUUUGCUACUUCACGCGUAGAUGCUUGAGCUGUAAUUUAUAGGAGUUUAGGUUCUAUGUGGUCCAAGUAACGUAUACAUGUUUAAUUCUGUUUCCAAAGACAGAUUCAGCUAAGGCUUCCAGACCUUUUGUUUGGUUUUGUUUUGUUUUUCUUUCACACUUACCCAGUUCCUCGGCGAAGAAAAGAUAGACUGAAGAUCAUAAACAGAAUUAUUGAAACAGUAUGUAUAACAGGACUCCACUGCUAAUAAAUAAAAAGCUAAAAGCAA